AUGGCAUACCUUACUCAACACCACACUUACCCAAUGCGGUCAACAAACAAAGAGCCCCAAUGGGCAACCGUCUAUGACGAUUUGUUCAGCCAAUACGUCGACAUCGAAGCCGAUGACUUCAAAUUCGGCACAAGCAGUUCAGAUGAAGCCAGCAACAAUGAACCCCUCGAAAGCCACUUUACCGACAGUGGCGACAGCAGUUCCUCCGAAGCAGCAGCCCGACGUCUUUCAGACGACUUCUGGGCCAGAACACUUGCCGUGUUGGAAAAAAGCGCAUCCUCCCUCGAACAGCAGCAAGACGGCACACAACAAAGAAACAGCGAACAGCACAAUUUGUCGCCGGCCGCUUCUUUCUACAACACAAAGAAUACUCCACAUGCGGAUUUCCCUAGCCUUGAUGGGUUCCCCAGUCCUCACAUCUCGACUGUUCCAUCUUCGCCUUCUGUUGAAGCAGCGGCCAGGCGCCGAAAAGCAAUCAGAUACCAACAAGAACGCUCUACAAAGACUCCCGAGAGACCUGUUGGCGUGACGAAGUCAUAUGCUUCGUCUAGCAAGUCGCCAAAGAUGAUGUCGCCUUCGCGUUACAGGGCAGGUGCCCAAGAUGCCUGGGUUGAAAGCAUCUACCAGACCCCAAGCAGAAUGACCAACAUGAACCUGCCUAUCAGAAGCAUGCCUCUGACUCCUCCCUCAAGCGGAAGAAGCAAACCUACAAUUGGACUCGGCUUCCAAGGAUGGAAUGACCUUGACGCCUCACCCAUGCAGCCAUUUUCGAAUUAUACCGAGCAAAGACCUCACUUCUCAAGUCCCUUCGAGCAACAGAGUAUGCCUAGACAAUUCUACAGCCCUGAAGCCUCUCCCCUCACCAGCCCCAGCGUUGAACGCGGAACCUUCUUCGCCGAAGAACCCACCAUCUUCCGGGAUACCUACUACAAACAACCCUCCACCACAAAUGUCUACAACAAGUCCGCCUGGAGCGCAAAUUCCUUCGCAGCAGAGGAUAUCUACGAGCCUUCUCCUACAUUCAGCCCUUGGUUGGCGAGUGAGAAGAAGGAAGCAGAGUAUCAAGCCUCACUUAACAAUUUCCAAGUCCACAACAGUUUCUUGGCAGCAAACUACAAUGAUCCUACUUUGGCUCCUGCGUAUGCGGAAGAGCCGUUGGUGGAUUUGAAUGUAGCGGCGGAGGUUACGCCUUACUACACCACACAUGCCUACAUCGCUGCCACAAGAAGAGAAUCACGCACACCCUCGCCACCAAGGAACCGCAUUAUAAAGCGCAACUCUUCUUCGAAGACCCACAGCCGUAAAUCCAGCUCAGAUCACAAAGCUUCCAAAGCAAACAAGGCUGGCGGAUUCGUAAACUAUACACCCUCAGACAGCGAGAAACUGCUUACGGGGGUUGCACCAUCGGGAAGCAGCAAGACGAAAGCCAGACGCGAAAGAGAAGCUGCAGAGCGCUGGAGGAGAUUCAGCCAAGCUGCUGCAAAGGCUGUUGCCGAAGCAGGCGGUGCAUUGACCGAGAUGGCACCAGUUGCCAACAUGUUGCCUCAUCACACCGAUUUGGUGGAUACCGAAGCAGGAGGAAGUUAUACUAGAGUAUGA